UUUCAAUAGAAUGGGAAAUUGUGGAUGUUUGAAGAGAAAUGAUAAAGAAUUUGAUGAUUUUGAAUAAAAACCUAUUAAAUAAACGCCACUACAAGAAAAUUCAGAAUUAUAGAAACCCACAAUAUAAUCAAGUUCACAUUCUGUUCCUUAAAGAUUAAAAAUUAAAGAAACUGUGAAUUUAAGAAAAUCUCAUACUAUUGAAGGUGAAAAAAAAUUAAAUGAUUAUAUCUUAAAAUAAGUAUUAGGAUAAGGCACAUUUGGAAAAGUAAGAUUAGCAGAAAAAAACUUAUAAAAUUAUGCUAUCAAAAUACUUAAUAAAAGUAGGCUUAAAAAGCAAAGAGAAUAUUACACUGAUUCAAAUGGAGGUUAUUUAAUUUUUAAUCAUAUUAGUAGUGAAAAUUAAGAAUGCUUUUUAAAAUGUUGCUAAAGAGAUAGCUAUAAUGAAGAAGUUACGUCAUCCUAAUAUUAUUCGUUUGUAUGAAAUUAUCGAUUCUCCUAACUCAAAUAAAAUUUAUAUGGGUAUUUUUGUUUUAUUAUUAAAGUAAUGGAAUAUGCACAAAAUGGUUAAUUAAUUGAUUGGAAUGAAGAUUUAGGAUAAUUUAUUUUGACUAAUCAGGAUUUUUAAAUAACACAAGAAAAAUUGAGACUAAUUUGUAGAGACAUUAUAAAAGGAAUUUAUUAAAGUAAAGAUAAUAUAUAAUAAUAUUAGUGCAUGAAUUAGGAAUAGUUCAUAGAGAUCUUAAACCAUAAAAUAUUUUGUUUGAUUAAAAUUUUAGAGCAAAAAUAUGUGACUUUGGUGUUUCUUAAAUUAUUAAUGGAGAUACUGAGCAUUUUGGUACUAAUGGCACUUAUUUAUUUAUGGCUCCUGAAUGCUUUGGAAGUGGGUAAUUUGAUAGAAAAGCAGCUGAUAUUUGGGCAUUUGGAAUUACAAUAUAUUCAUUUGCUUUCUUAAAAGUACCAUUUUAUGGAGUUGAAAUUUAAGAAAUUAUGGAUUCAAUUUAAUAAAAUGAGUAAAUUUCUAUUAUAUUGAUAGAAUAGAAUAUCCUGACUGUAGAAUUGAAUUUUAAAAUUUUCUAUAAAAAUGUUUAAAUAAAGAUCCAAAUCUUAGAGCUUCAAUUAAAGAGCUAGCAAGAGAUCCUUGGGUAAAUGAAGAUUAAUAGAAUCGAUUGAAAGAUGAAAUCGAAUAAAAAUUCAUGAAGAUAGAAGUUGAUGAGACAGACAUCUAAGAGGCAUACUCAUUAGCUACAUUUAUUUUAAUAAAAAAUUGGGUUGCUAAAUUAAAGAAUUAAUGA